GAAUUAUACUUAUAUUCUGGCAAUAUGACAAACAAUAGUAUGGGUACUUGUCCUCUAGGAGGUCUUGUGAGUAUAGUUUUUUCUCUGCUUUUAAACCACCCUGAUCGAAUCUCUCCAGAGUAUUCAUCCCAUGCAUGUCCUUCAAUUAUCUUACAAACUAUUACUGACCAAAUGUUUUGAUAGUGGUAUACCUGCACAGCUCAAACACCAACCUUCUUCGGAUGUUGUACAAGCAACCCAUGCAACAAUAAAGGAUGCCCAGAAAGCGAUCUUCGAGCAGCUGGACUCGGACACGGAGAAACUGGAGAUGAAGGAUCAAUGAAUCUUGGCUCAUAUUGGCCAAAUGUGUAUUGUUCUUCUGGAAUCUGGUGGAUAUGUUCAAGUAAAAAUCCAUCGUUUCAAGGGUGUUGUGAUAUCGAUCCAUGUUCGAGCAACGCUACCAAUUGUCCUCAAUCUCAUCUAUAUCCUGCGGCAUUUAGGUCGGUGACUACUGCUUCGAACGUUGCUGGCUCACGGAGCACUACUUUCCAGACUGGUAUCCUUCCAACGGCAACUUUUCCAAUCCCAACGAUCUCUGUGACGACCCAUCCUGGAGCAUCUACAAUUGAUCAAUUUUUAUCAUUAGAAUAUUCGAAAUUCUCAAAGACAGCAUCAUGGAAUAAUACAGGGUACUUGACCCAGUCGUCUUUGAACUAUUCAAACUCUGGAACUGAAUCUACAACGCCCUCAAUCUUCUAUCUCACCGCAUCCAAUAUUCCAAGUUUUACCCAAAUUGCGCCGUCAGGCACAAUAUUGACCAAUUUCAGUGAUUCCAACAAUGACAGCAGUUCCAUAUCAACUAAUCCGAAUAUUGCGACCGUAACCUCAAUAUCGACAUUCACCGCUGUCCGAAUAUCGGUGUAUACAGUACCUUACAGCUCAUCAGAAUCUGCUUACCCCUCUGAUUCACUACCUUUACUCACAACCACAUCAGCUCCCGUUGCCAACUCUCCUGGUUCCUCGUCCAUAACCUCCCCUCUCUACGUAGCUAGUUCUGCAUCCCCAUCUCCUACCCCUAGUACCGCCCCCUCUUCCAGUACCACAGCCGACACGAAACUCAUCGCAUGGGGCGCUACUGGCGGAGUCGCAUUUAUUUUGGUCUUCGCACUCGUAUCUUGGCUUAUACGUAGUCGAAAUCGAGCCAAAAAGAACAACAACAAACCAAUCAUAGCUUCCUUAUCUACUCGACUACCAUGGAAAAAGACAUCGAGAGAAAUCCGGGGGAUUUCUCUCUCCAGUUAUCCUUUCAAAGGAAUGGCGCCAUCUACAUCGAACAGCAGUGAAGAAGCGUCAAAUGAGACAUGGUCUGCCAGUUUGAAAGAUUAUCAGAAUAUGGGACUUAUGGAUGGAUCGAAGAUAGGUAUGGAUAAUAAUUCAGAGCCCCGUAACCAAAAGCCAGCACACCUCUCUGGAUACGAAUCGCAUUAUUCACGACCAUUCCAAUCAAAGGAUUUACCUGAAAAUCAAAAUUCAACAUCUCUUGGGGGAGGAUUGGAUAGAAAUUCUUUUGCUCGAAGAAUGGUGCAGGGAGGUUGGGAUGCAGUCGAUCUGCAAAGUGGAUAUGCACCGCGAGAUACUGGAAAUGGAUGGCAUGGUGAGCACGAUAUGAGGCGUUGAUGUCGAUUUGGGGAGGAAAUCAUUUAUUCGGUGGUAUAAUUAUUCUUUUGACGCAGCUGGCCGUGUUUUACGUAUUCAUACUGGGAAUUUACUUAUCCAUUUGAUUCUCA